AUGGCUCCAAUAUUCUCUCUGUUUCUUGUUUUGAUCACUGAAUUUUCAUUAGCAACUGCUCAACAAAGAAACUCCAACAUAAGCCUAGGCUCCUCUCUCUCUCCAGCCUCUAGCAACUCAUUUUGGUCCUCUGGUUCUGGCCAAUUUGCAUUUGGGUUCUACCCAAAUGGUGAUGGCUUCUCCAUAGGCAUCUGGUACGCAACAAUUGCCCCGAAAACAGUCAUAUGGACAGCGAAGCGAGAUGAUCCACCAUUUCACAGAGAUAGUAAAUUGCUUUUGGGUAAUGAUGGAAGGCUGAUAUUGCAACAGGGGGAGGACCCUGAGAAAACAAUUGCCGGUGGGUCCCAGAUUGGUUCAUCAGCUUCCAUGCUGGACACCGGCAACUUUGUUCUCUAUAAUUCACGUUCAGAGAUCAUAUGGCAGAGCUUUGACGCUCCAACAGACACCCUUUUACCCGGUCAGAAGCUUCGCCAAUUUGAAGAGCCGAACGAGUUGUUCUCUAGCGUCUCUAAGGACGAUCACUCCACUGGGAAGUUUCGGAUCUUAAUGCAGGAGGACGGAUACCUAGCGCAAUAUCCAGCAGACAGCCCGAAUUUAGUAGAAUAUGGUUACUGGGAUUCCGGAAUAAAGAUAGCCGGAAACAAUGUGACACUAAAUCUUGAUGACAAUGGCCAAUUAUACUUGCUCAACAACAGUGACAAUAUGAAGAAUCUGUAUGAUGGAGGAAAUGUCUCUGAUAAACUGAUGUACCGCAUGACACUCGAUGCAGAUGGAAUAUUCAAGGUUUACUCAUACGGCUUGAAUCGGAGUGAUGAUGAUUGGAAAGUUGAGUGGUCACCUAAUUCCGUCCACAAGUGUGAUCCUAAAGGGGUGUGUGGCCAGAAUCAAUAUUGUAUCUUGAUGAAUCAAGAAGCUUUAGACAAUGUUGUUUGGUUCAAUGAUCCGUAUUCCAUACUCAGCAACACGAGCAGACCUGAUUGCGAAGACGAGUGUUUGAAAGAUUACGACUGUGAAGUUGUGCUCCAUAAAGAUGACCAGUGCAUGAAACAAAGGCUUCCACUAAAAUUCGGAAGACAGCAGAAUGAUCCAGUAAUUACACUAGUCAAAGUAGGAGGCAGAGAAUUCAAAAAAGAAAAGCAAUCCAAAGUUCUUAUUGCUAGUGUUGUGGUACUAAUUGUUGCUUUUACUGUGCUAGCGAUAUCUGGCGUUCUGAUUUACAAAUACCGUGUCAAGGGAUACAAAAAGUUAUUGAAUAGUGGGAAUGAAGAAUUGAUUGAGGACGUUAUUCUUCGGUCUUUUACUUAUGGUGAGCUUGAGCAAGCAACCAAUGGCUUUGCGGAAGAAUUGGGGAAAGGAGCUACAGGGACAGUGUUUAAAGGGCUUAUAUCAAACGGCAAGAGAGUUGUUGCCGUUAAGAGACUAGAGACAGUGGUGGCUGAAGGCGAAAGAGAAUUCCGAAAUGAGAUGAAAGUAAUUGGAAGAACCCAUCACAAGAACCUAGUAAAGUUGCUUGGUUAUUGCAACGAUAGAACUAAUAGGCUUCUGGUGUAUGAGUUCAUUAGCAAUGGGUCACUUGCAGAUGUCCUUUUCAAGUCUGAAACAAAGCCAAGAUGGGAGGAAAGAGUUAGAAUUGCGGUGAAUGUGGCUAGGGGCAUUCUGUAUCUGCACGAGGAGUGCGAGACUCAGAUCAUCCACCGCGAUAUAAAACCUCAAAACAUCCUACUGGAUGAAAGGCAUUGUGCAAAAAUUGCGGAUUUUGGGCUGUCAAAGCUGAUGAACCUCAACCAAACCAGGACUAAUACUGGAGUGAGAGGAACGAGGGGUUAUGUCGCGCCUGAAUGGCACAUGAAUUUGCCUGUAACGGUGAAAGCAGAUGUGUUCAGCUUUGGGAUCUUGUUCCUGGAGAUCAUAUGUUGUCGAAGAAGCCUGGAUCCAGACCUUGCUGAGGCUGAAGUAAUUCUUGUAGAUUGGGUCUUCGACUGUUUCGACUCUCAUGAGCUGGACAAGCUGGUGCAGGAUGAAAAGGUGGAUAAGAGCAAACUGGAGAGGAUGGUUCGGUUGGGGAUUUGGUGCAUCCAGGAUGACCCAUCCCUUCGCCCUUCCAUGAAGAAGGUGGUGUUGAUGUUGGAAGGGACUGUGGACAUACCAACUCCUCCCUCUCCUUCAUCCUUUCUUAGUUCCAUCUAGUCCUGAUUACGUACCGUUCAAUUAGGUCUAGGAUGCUAUAUUGAAUAAUGAAACCAGCUUAUUGUAAGUUCCUUUUUUUCCCAGUAUGAUGUAUUCCUUUUGUUGAGGGCUUUUCUGCAGAUGAAAUGAAAUGGCACAAAUAAAUUCUCUAUCUAAAA